UCUGACCCCCACCCCCGGCCCCGGGCGCUUUCCGCCGGGCCACGCCCGCGGGUCCCGCCUGGGGGUCCCGGUCGUGAGCCCCGUUUUCCGGACGGUGGACGACGGUGACGACGACGGCGACGGCUCGGGAUUCUCGUUCUCACGGAAGCCGCGGGUGGGUGGGGCCGCCUCCCCGCCUGCCCCCUCCCCGGCCUGUGGUCAUGGAUCCCGGGGCCGGGCCUCCGCCCGCGCCUCAGCCUCCCCUGACGACCGUCAACGAGCAGGUCAUCGUGAUGUCCAGCCACGAGACCAUCCGCGUGCUGGAGGUGGGAGUGGACGCGGCCCCGCCGGCGGAAGACCGAGGGAAGGGCCGACCGGGCUCCUCCGGCAGCGCCGGCGAACCGGCCGGGGACGCGGCCCGCCGGGCCCCCGCGGCCCCCGAGGCCGGGCCCGGGACGCUGUCGGCCCCCUGCGUCGUGAAGUCUCUGUCGGGGCCGGCGCCCGGCCCCCUUGCCGCCGCCACCUUCAGCCAAGCGCCAAGCCAACCCCAGGUCCCUCAGACCCUGACACCCCUGAACGUGCAAGCCGCCCCCCAGGUCUUGACUCAGGAAAACUUAGCCACAGUUCUGACAGGAGUUAUGGUUCCGGCAGGGGCAGUUACUCAACCUCUUCUUAUCCCCAUCAGUGUUGCAGGUCAAGUGGCCAGUCAGCAGGGGCUGGCCGUGUGGACAAUCCCUACCGCAACAGUGGCUGCCCUGCCGGGACUGACCGCCGCGUCCCCCACCGCGGGGAUUUUCAAACCGCCUUUAGCCGGGCUGCAAGCGGCCGCCAUCCUCAACACGGCCCUCCCGGGGCCCGUGCAGGCCGUGGCCCCGGCCCCCGCGGCGCCCCCGGCCCCCCCGGCGCCCCCGGCCGUGCAGCCGCGGCCCCCGGCCCAGCCCCAGACGCUGUUCCAGCCCCAGACGCCCGCCAUCCUGCCGCAGCCGGCCGCCGCCCCCAAGCCGGCGGACGCCCCCACGCACAUCGCCGUCCAGCCGGCCGGGUUCGCGUUCAACCCGGGAAUCAUCGGUGCUGCCUCCCUGGGGGGUCAGACCCAGAUCCUGGGCUCGCUGACCACGACGCCGGUCAUCGCCAACGCCAUCCCCAGCGUGCAAGGCAUCACGGGGCAGAUCCUCACCAACACGCAGGGCCAGGUGAUCGGGACCCUCCCGUGGGUGGUGAACUCAGCCGGCAUCGCCGCGGCGACCCCGGCCCCGAACCUGCAGGUGCAGGCGGUGACCCCCCAGCUGCUACUCAACGCCCAGGGCCAGGUGAUCGCCACCCUGGCCAGCAGCCCCCUCCCGCCCGCCGCCGUCCGGAAGCCCAGCACCCCGGAGCCCCCGGUCAAGAGCGAGGCGCAGCCCAUCCAGCCGACGCCCGCGCCCCCCCAGCCGGCCGUGCUCGGCGGCGGCCCGGCCCCGGGGCUCAAGCCGGCGGCCUCCGCUCCCGUCCCCGUCGCCUGCUCCGAGACCCCCACCGUCAGCCAGCUGGUGUCUAAGCCCCAGACGCCGACCCUCGACGAGGACGGGAUCAACCUGGAGGAGAUCCGGGAGUUCGCCAAGAACUUCAAGAUCCGGCGGCUGUCCCUCGGCCUCACGCAGACGCAGGUGGGCCAGGCCCUGACGGCCACCGAGGGUCCGGCCUACAGCCAGUCGGCCAUCUGCAGGUUCGAGAAGCUGGACAUCACCCCGAAGAGCGCGCAGAAGCUGAAGCCGGUGCUGGAGAAGUGGCUGAACGAGGCGGAGCUGCGCAACCAGGAGGGCCAGCAGAACCUGAUGGAGUUCGUGGGCGGGGAGCCCUCCAAGAAGCGCAAGCGCCGCACGUCCUUCACCCCGCAGGCCGUCGAGGCCCUCAACGCCUACUUCGAGAAGAACCCGCUGCCCACGGGCCAGGAGAUCACCGAGAUCGCCAAGGAGCUCAACUACGACCGCGAGGUCGUCCGCGUCUGGUUCUGCAAUCGGCGCCAGACGCUCAAGAACACCAGCAAGCUCAACGUCUUUCAGAUCCCCUAGGGAGGAUGGGGGGGGGGGUGGGGGAAACCGUGCGUCCCUCCCCCCUCC